AGGGCGAUUUAGGAAGUUGGAAGUCUCAGGGCGAUUGGUCGUAGAUCCAGUUGACAAUGCUCAGGGAGCCUGUGACCAAUGUGCAGAAUGGGCCCUAUGGGGCCUCCGGGGCAGGACUUUACCAAUUCGCUCCGAACCAAACUAUGCCUGGGCCUCGGGUGGUUGGGGCUCAGCCGUACAGAUUUCCGGUGCCUCCUGUGCCAAUGGCAGCUCCUGCUACGACAGCGACUGCUCAGCCAAUUCAUUUUGCGGCCACACCAGUAACGAGCACCAUGAAGCAGGCUACCCCAGCCUCAAUGCCCUUGCCCGUGUCAAGCGGCCUUGCGAACACUGCGGUCCGCUUGCCUUCAGUGCAAGCUUCACCACCUUUGCCAUGUGCACAGACCAUGGCACAGACCCAAGUUGCCGCAUCACCAGUGGCAGUGAGCACCCCGGUUCUCUCAGCUGCCCCCACUCCAAGUGCAGCUUUUGUGGCUGCACCUGUGGGUUCCAUGUCACCGGGGGCUGCACCCAUGGUGUCACUUCAGUCGGGGCAGGCUGGAUCCAUCCGAUCCCCAGUUGGAUCACUGCCUGUUGGGUCACUUCCGGCCCCAGUGCAGACUGAGAUCCCUGCGGGAGCCUCACCUGUACAUGCAUCCGAUCAAGAGGCUGCUCCCCAACAGAUUGUCGGAUCUUUGAAGCAGAAGAAGGGCAAGAAGGCCAGAGCCAAGAAAUGCGUGUGCUGCCAGUAGAAUCAGUGGGUGGAAUGAGCGUAGUGCUGAGAUGGUCUCCUUCUUGUCCGCACCUCGCGAAGAAAAUGAGCGUUUCAAGAACAUGUAAGGACUGCGGGGGACGUUUGACUGCCAACAAUAGCUGCGUAGCUAGCUCUGCUCAUUUUCUGCAUGUUGGUUUUGUUCUGGCAAGCUGUCAAAAGAAGUAAGAGGAAUCAGACGGCCUUGUUCAGCCAUCAGCACGUGAAUUGCAACUCCUCCAUGAUGAAACAUACUUUGCAUGACUCCGCAGCUUCCCAAUGUGACCCGUUGCUCCGUAGCGCCUUGCUAUCGCCAUGGCGGCUUUGCCCACCACCACGGUGGGCCUCCCCACCACCACCGUGGGGGCGACGGUGGUGCAUCCAGCGGCCACGAGCUACACUGCUAGCCUGCCGACGUCCAAUUGGAUCCAGCCAGCGCUUCCCACAAUUCCGGCGACUGCUCAGCCAGCUGCAGGGGCCCCCCUUCCAACCAUCUCGAUGCCUGUAAGUUCGCUUCCGACGACCGUCCCACAGCCUCAGUACACGUAUACGACUCCCACGGUGGCCUCCCAGAGCUAUCCCUCGGCUUACCUCGGGCCGAUGGCCCCGUCGCAAGGGCCCUUAGCUGUGCCGAUUCCAACGGUUCCGCUGCAGCCAAUGCCGUCCCAACCAGUCAAUGCUGGCAACACGGUGCCCCAGCCUUCAGCUGGUGCCAGUGGGAGACCAGCAAGCACUUCAAUUGUAUCACAUGUCACUGGAGCAGCAGCAACUCCAACCAAUGCACCAGUCCCAGUCCCCUCUGGCUCGCCUGUCGCCAUGCCAACACAAUCCUUUUUAGCAGUGGGACCUACGAUUUCCCAGGGAUCUGGCAAGGUUGAAGCCUUGCCGACAAGAGCCGCGAUACCACAAGGUCUUGGGGAAGCAAGUGAGAAUUUGGAUGAGGCAACCGUGCCAACACAGUCCUUGAAGAAUGUACCAAAGUCCUCCAGGAAGACCAAAAAAAACAGGAGAAGAUGGAUUUGCUGUUGAGAGGGAGCGUUCUAAGAAUAUACCAAGCUUGCGGCGUAAGAUGUGCUGCAAGAGAGUAUGACUAGCUUCGAGGUGAAAAAAAA